ACUCUUGAACGCACCCCGCCCUGCUCACGGUUGUUAGCGCCCGUGUUUGGUAGUUACGCCUUUAGCCUCGCACUAUGGAUCUCCCCGAGCCCAUAAGAAGGCGUUUGGGAGAUUUUUCACGAACUGUUUUCGUAAAUCAGGGACGAUCACAACUUUCGCCCGAAGAUCAUUUCAAAUUUGUGAAUCACAGUACAGAUGUUGUAUCCAGUUUGCCUCUUCAAAUGGCUCUCUUCUUUAACAUCUGCUUCUUUCCUCUGUGGUGGAUCAGUGAAGUCGUAAUGCUGCAACUCAAGUAUCCUGCACUCCCUGAUUACUACAAAUUCAUCCUAAUUACAGUAUUAAUUGUAAUGACUCUCAUCGAGGCAAUCAGGCUCUACCUGGGCUAUGCAGGUAAUCUGCAAGAAAAGGUCCCUGAACUGGCUGGCUUUUGGCUCCUCAGCCUCCUUCUGCAGUUCCCUUUAAUCCUGUUCCUACUCUUCAAUGAAGCUAUACUCAUUCAGCCUUUGGAAAGAGGAGUUCACAUAGUUCUGGCAUUGUUCAUUUUAACUGAGGCUCUAUCUGGUUUUGUGGCGCUGCGUGCUAUGGUCAGACACACUGAAAGCCGAUUCCACCUCAGUCAGUUUAAUGGUAUUCAAGAGCUCAGGUCAUGACAUCUGCACUACUGAUGAACUGCUUAUACAAAAAUAUUUUUCUUUAUCGCAUGAAACAUGGCAUUCAGGCAUUUAACAUGUCCACAUAUAUCAUAUCAACCAAUUUUAAGUGUUUGUUAUUCAAACUACUUUUAUGGAUUACAAAACAAUACAUAUCAGCAAAUCACAGUUGUUAAAGUAUUUUAUAUAUUGCAAAAAAUAAAAAAAACCCUAAAAGA